GGGUAGUUAAUGUUUCAAUAUUCCAGUGGGAAUAGAAGGUGGGAUGCAUAGUAAACAUACAUUUUAUGAUGCACUUUGGAGGACUCCUGUGAAAGAGCUGUGUUUAUUUUAACCACAGUAUGAUACGUGAACUGACUGUGUUUAAGAAACUGGCUGCCAGUAAUACUGCAUAAUGGCACUAUCGGAUCUUCAUCUACCUGCAAUCAAUAAGACUGGAAACAGCACAGACAAAACUAUGACCCUCCCAGGUCUUGUUGAUUUUUUCAACGUAAAGAAUAGUAACAUUCACAAGAACAAAAUGCAAGGCCACAAUAUACAAAACAGCCAAUUUAGAAAUCUGCCAACAACAUCAAGGAGAACAAAUGUAAGUUAUGGUGCAACAGAAGACAAGUGUCCCAAAUAUACAGAAGUUUCACAGUGCUGCCCAAGAACAUGGAGAGAGCAACAAACUGUUUUCCUGCCUCCAACAACAGCGAGAGCAUUGUUUCCAACUACCCAUGUUAAGGAAAAGAGAUUUGAUGAACAAAGUUAUAAAAGCUUACAUAGUGCUCGUAGCUCAAGAAGUGUCCUGGAAUCUGAAUUCCACAAGAAAUGGGUCAAAGGAUUCAAAGAACAAUGUAAUAAACGGUCACUUUAUUAUUCUUCUGAGAAGAACAGGAACACCACAAUUGAUUUGAGAAUAACUGGCAUUUGCUGCCCCACAUCAUGGACAGUUCCACAGCAGAUACAUGGAAAAAAAAGAAACAGAGAGAGGCUGAAUUUUCAACUUCAUACAGGUAAGAAGAUUUGAGAAAGAACGAAAGAGAAGAAAGUGAAGAAAAAGACUGAAUAAAAUGAUUCAGCUGGAUUUCCUCAGCCUCAUAAUGAAAUCAAGGAAAAUACAUAUAUGUAACGCAUAAUGCCCAAACUGUCUUCGGUAGAUUGCUGUUAUUGUACCUUAGAGAAUAUUUUGGAUAGCAAGAGGAGUAAAAUGUAGCAGAGAGGUCCUAUGUGUUGAUGAUAAAUGAAUGCAAUUGCAAGUGUUGCUGAAAUAAAUCAAGUGUUAAUAAACAAUUUAGAGUUUGAUGGAGUUAACUGCCUUCAAAGACUGCCCCAGUGGUAAAAAGAUUAAUAUUUUCUAAUGGGGAAUAACUAGAUGGGCUACACUUAGCUGGUGCCUAAGGAAAUAUUUCUAGAGUCUGGAAUCAUAGAUAACAG